AUGUCAGAUCUAUUGGACAGAUUUAAAGAUUCAAGAAGGUCGGCGACUUUUCGAGAGCCCAUUUCAUCCUUGUAUCCUCGGAUAUCGGGCUUCGAUAGGGAAACAGCCACCACCAACGUUCGACGAGGCCGAGAAGCAGACACUGAGCUCUCCCCCGUAAGGCGAAACGGAGUGAGAUUUGCUGAUGCAGUUCCCGAGUUGGAACCGACCAAUUGGAGGAAGAAAUACGGCGAGUAUACCCGCAGUCCAAAACAUGAACUAGAAACAGCGCCAAGGUCCGCGAGCACUAGAGACGAAACCAGCUUUGCUGCUAGAAUGAGAAAAUACGAGGACUUGGGGAUAGCAGGAGGAGAUGGCAGUAGCAACACCACCAACAAGUACACCUCACGAAGAAGAAAUUCACCGCUGAAAUUCCAACUGAAACAGUCUCGUUCUUCUUUACUCGACUCCACAACAAGACCGCUGAAAGAAAUAGACUCCAGGCUGAGAUUAUCGUUGCUAAGAAGAGCAUCAAGCUUGAAGGAUCUGCCCGUUUCAAUUGACCGUUACCGAAUAUCAAAACCCCCGCACAAGAGUCUGCCUUCGGAUAGCAAAAACGGUCUCCUAUCCAAAAUCUUUAAUUUCUUCCAAGGAAACGAGGAUGAGGAAGAGGAUGAAAACGAGCGAGAAGCAGAAGUAGAGGGUAACAACUUGCGAAGAUACACCAGGACUGUUGCAGAUGAAGCAGAUGAUUAUGACUAUGAUGACUUUUCCCAUUCAACAAGGAAAGCUCGUACUUUGCGAUUGAAAAACCGAUACGAUGAAGAUCUUGAUGAAGUAGACGCUGCGAUUUCCCGGUCCAAGCAGUUGGAAAGAGUAGAGACGGAAAAACAGCAAUUGGAGAAGAAAUACCGAGAUUUGCAAAGAGAAUAUAAAGCUGUUGCUGACCAAGUUGAGGAUGAACGGCAAGAAAAGACAAAACUAGCUUUGGAGCACAAAAGAGUCACUCAAACUUAUGAAGCCCGAAUCGAGGAAUACAAAGCCAAGAUCAUUCGCUACGAAGAGCAAAUAACUGAGCUCGAAAAUGAGCUAUUCAACAAAAACGUGCAAUUGGACAAGUUUACUUCGCAAAGCGAGCGCAAGUUUAAGCAACAAGUAUCUCAAAUAGAAGAAGAAUACGAAACUAAAGCUCGGGCCACUAAAUUAGAACACGAGAAGGAAGUAAAUGAACUUCGGGAUUUCUUCACCAAGCAAGUUGAAGGUGCAAAACAGAGGAACCACGAGCUAGAAGCAAAACUCGAAUCCAUGGACAAACAACUCUUUGACACCGGUUUUGAACUCAAACAGUUUCAAAGAGACCUCCAGCACCUAACGGAAAAGAACAGCUCGAUCCAAUUGGAAAUUUCUUUGAGAGAACGGUUCCGACAGGCAAGGACGUCGCAACUGGACUUGAACCACUUGUAUGCGAAAUCAAGCCACAUUGAAAAUGAAAUUGCUAAAUUAGAGAAAAGAAACCACAGCAGUGGGAAGCAACAACAACUCAGUGCCAAAGAUUACCAAAAGACCCAGACAAACAUCGACAAGACAGUGUCGCAUUUGAACGAAAUGAUAGACAACCUAGAGUUUGACGGCCUUGCAGACUGCGAGGCUUAUUGCAGCAAUGUCGAUGAGUUCUUGUCGAACAAAGUCUUGGAAGUGGAAAACUUGAUUCUGAACUUGCAAUUGAGCACGCACAGAGACAACACACAAGUCAUAUUGACGGAGUAUCUCCAUUUGCAAAGGUUGCUUGAACUCUGCCUCAAAGUGCUCAACGUCAAACAACUCGUGUCAAAUUGCAAAAUCUUGAAAGAGUUUAGUAACAACCCGGCUAUUGACGUCAAGAGCAUCUACACGCAGGUCAAAGCAGAGAUUUUGUAA